GUCGUACGGUAGUGAAGCCCAUUGUCCCUUGGGAUUCAGAGGAUUCUCAGGAGGAGUUCCCAGCCCCUUGGGAAGUCAUUCUAGGGGCCACAGAGACGGCCGAGCAAGAUUCCCUGCUGCAGCGCAAGUCGGCGAGGCGCUGCGUCAAGCAGAGGCCCUCCUAUGACAUAUUUGAAUCCUCCGACUCCGACGCAGAGCCUGUGUCUGGCUCGGCCACGCAUCGCCGGAAAUCUUCCCGGGACUCAGACAAGGAUCCACUUCACACCCUCUUGGGGGAUUGGCGUCAGCUGGAUGGGAAAGAGAUGCUUGUUGACCCGUCAUUCUCUCCGCCGUUUCCCCCCCCACCCAUGGACUCCGAGGAGCAGAGCAGACCCCGCAGAACACCUCUCCAGCCGGUGGUGCAGCUGAAGGCCCGGAAGAGGCCAGAGAAGGAUGUCUCCUCUUCCGGCACCCUCCCGUCCAUCUCCAAUGGCUGGAAUGGGAAGCAGAAAUCUACGGACGGCGUCCACCGGCUCAGAGUGGAUUUCAAGCUUGUGUUCUGCCAGGUGUGUUGUGACCCUUUCCACAUCUUCUGCCUGGAGGAGGAUGAGCAGCCGCUGCCGGAGCAGGAGGAGAGCUGGUGUUGCCGCCGCUGCAAAUUCUGUCACGUCUGCGGCCGCAAAAACAAGGCAUCCAAGCAACUGCUGGAAUGCGAGCGCUGCAGGAACUGCUAUCACCUGGCUUGUCUGGGGCCCAACUACCCCACGAAACCUUUCCGUAAGAGGAAAGGCUGGAUCUGCUCGGCCUGCAUCCGCUGCAAGAGCUGCGGCACCGCUCCUGGGAAGAACUGGGACACCGAGUGGUCUAGCGACUACAGCUUGUGCUCCGCCUGCUCGGUGCUGUACGAUAAAGGUAAUUACUGCCCUAUCUGCUUGCACUGCUAUGAGGACAAUGACUACGAGAGCAAGAUGAUGCAGUGUGCCAAGUGCGACCACUGGGUUCACGCCAAGUGCGAGGGCCUUUCAGACGAGGGCUAUGAGAUCUUGUCCAACCUACCCGAGAGAGUCUGUUGCCCCGACGACGGCGUGAAGGUUCACCUGCGGACCUGCGACCUGCGCACGGUCGGCAAGCUCUUUGAGCAGGGUCACUAUUCGUCUGUGCACAGCUUCCAUGAGGACAUGGUGGGCGUCCUGUUGGGGCACAUGGAGGAGGGCCAGGCUGGCCUUAACGCAAAGGCAUUCUACAUCGAGCUGAUGGGAAAGUUCUUCAGCUGGUUUGACGCUCAGGAUCCGAAGCACUGGACACGCAACAGCAUCCUCCCCAACGGCAUGCUUCCCAAUGCAGUCCUGCCUCCCUCCUCUGACCACAUCUACGCUCAGUGGAAGCAGCCGGAGGAGCUCAGCCCUGGGGCCAACAGUCACCUGACGCCCACGGGACCAGAGAAGACAGCUGGGAAGGACGCAGAGCAGGCCUUAGCACAGCAGGAGUUCGCUGACCCAGAAGACAAGCGACAGUGUGCCCUGUGCCUCCAGUACGGCGAUGCCCCUUCCAAGGAUGCAGGCAGGCUGCUGUACAUUGGCCAGAAUGAGUGGACCCACGUCAACUGCGCCAUCUGGUCGGCUGAAGUCUUUGAGGAGAAUGACGGCUCCUUGAAGAACGUGCAUGCCGCCGUGGCCCGGGGCCGGCAGAUGCGCUGUGAGCACUGCCAGCGCACGGGGGCCACCGUCGGCUGCUGCCUCUCGGCCUGCCUCAGCAAUUACCACUUUAUGUGCGCCCGCCUCCGCCACUGCACCUUCCAGGAUGACAAGAAGGUCUUCUGCCAGAAGCAUGUCGACCUCUUGGAUGGGACGGAGAUAGUCGCCGAAGACGGCUUUGAUGUCUUGCGCCGGGUCUACGUCGAUUUCGAGGGCAUCAGUUUCAAGAGGAAAUUCAUGGUGGGCUUGGAGCCAGACACCAUCAAGAUGAUGAUAGGUUCCAUGAAGAUCGAUAGUCUGGGCAUGCUGACGGACUUGUCGGAGUGCGAGGGGCGCCUCUUUCCAGUCGGCUACCAGUGUUCCCGGAUUUACUGGAGCACUGUGGAUGCCCGCAAGCGGUGCUGGUACAAGUGCCGGGUCCUGGAGUACCGGCCGAAGCUGAACCAGGAGGAGCCGGACGCGCUGGGGGUGCAGGAGGAGAACCACACCAUUGCGCACAGCCCAGCCGUCCCUGCAGAUGCUAACCUUGGAGAGAAGCACCUUCAGGAUGUGGCCCCGCCCUUGCCGCCACCAGAGCGCCACUCCCCCGCACAGAACCCAGGGCCUCUGCCCCCGCCGGAACCUGCUGCCUCCAAGCCCAAAUCUCUCUCUGGAGCUCGCAUCAAAGUGCCCAACUACUCCCCCACGCGGCGGCCUAUAAGUGGGGUGUCGUCCCGCCCGCUGCCCUCGCCCGGGAGUGCAUCAUCCAUGUCCCAUCACAUCUUGACGGUGGGUGACCCGGACUUCCCCACUCCACGCCGCACUCAACGCCUCAGCCCUUUGUCGCCUAGCGGUGCCCCCCGCACCCGCCGGUCUUCCCUCCCCCCUCAAGCCACUGCGAACAGGACUAGUCCCCCCAGCACCACUCUCAGGGCAAUGCCGCCUCUCCCAGACGAACCCCUCGCUGGGAGCGGCUUUAAGCACACGUCUACCUCCGAAGGGCAGCGGCCCACACCUACCUCACCCCCUCCCUCGCCCCCCGCUGUGCCCCCAGAGCUGGCUUUCGAGCUCAACGUCUCCGACUUGGAAUUUGACGACAGUCUCUUGGACGAGCCCUUUCAGGAAGAGGAGCUGGGCGUGCCGCGGACGUGCCCCUCGCCCGGCCUGGGGCUGCCUCAGCUGGACGGGCUGGGGGACGUGGAGAGCGAGGAGGAAGGAGAGGCCGGGCGCUACUUCCGCUUCCCCCGCACAGUGGUGACGCGAGAGCCGCCUCUGCCCCCGUACCCGCUGGACCUGCCCUUGCCCCACAUCCACCAGCUGGAUGGGAUAGACGACGGCACGGACAGCGAGGCGGAUGCCACGGGGGGGCACCCGUCUGCCAAGGGCAAGCAGGUGGAGCCGAGGGUUGACAGGGAGCUGGCUGGCCCCGCUCCCGCUCCGGAGGACCUCCCCUCCGACAUCGUGGACUUUGUGCUGAAGAACAUGGACGCCCCCGAGAGCAAGGCCCCGCUGCCCGUCUGCCCCAACCGGACCUCUCCGCCCCCGCCGCCCCCUACCUCCGCCAGUCUUAAUGGCACCGAGUCAGCCCUCCCGAGCCCUGCUCCGGAUCCCGCCCCGACCCUAAUGCUCAGCUGCGCCCAAGUGCCCAGCGGCCCCGAGGUGAGGGUGCUGGGCUCCGAGGGCCAGAAGCCCAGCUCCAGAAUCAUCCUGGUGAACAAGCUGGGCCAGGUCUGCGUGAAAGUGCAGGGCGAAGAAGGCCCGUUCAACGCCCAAGACGGGGAGCAGGCUUCCGGCUGCAAGGCCAAGCCAAACCCUGCCCCGCCACAGCCUGCGCCCAGCCUGAACACGGUCAUCUUACGGGCACCCCUGAGCCUCGCUCCGAGCCCUGUCCCCACCUGGACCAUCCGGGGCCCGGUGCUCAGCAUGGUGCCCAUGAUGAAUGUGGUGGGCACCGCACCUCAGGCCGCCGGAGGGCAGCUGGCGCUGGGGCUCCCCCAGACCUGUCUCCUGCAGCCGGUGGCCAUGAAUCCGGGGGUGCUCAGCCUCCCAAGCCUGGUGUCCUUGCCUAGCCCCCGGCCGGCCAUCCGGGUCAAGAGAGUCUCCACCUUCGUUGGAUACGUGCCCCCCAAGAAGGCGAAGGUGGACGGAGUCAGCGAAGAAGAGCCGCUGCCGGUGUCGCCCGCGGGGACUCCCGGUCACUUGGUCAACAACUGCCUUUCUGGCAACACGGCGGGCUCCAGCAUCGGGAAGGUUCGGAUGAAGACCCCCACGGCAAAGGGCAUCCUAGACCUGGAUGCGCUGAAAGAGGAGGCAAGCGCCGCCGGCAAGAACGAGCUGUCCCCGAUGGAGCACUCCCCUGCCUCCACAGUGUUGCACUCCCAUCCCGGAACGCCGGAUCAGAGCCAGGAGCCUCUGCUGGAACCCAUCUGGCACAGAUACACGGUGGGCCUUUCCAGCUCGGACGAGGACAACCUGAACCAGGAAGACAAAGAGAACGAGGUGCCCCGCAAGACGCAGCCCCACCUGCGCUUCGAGAUCACCAGCGAGGAUGGCUUGAACGUGCAGGCUGACAGCAUCGAGGGUGCCUGGAAAGCAGUCAUCGAGAAGGUGCAGGAAGCUCGGACCAAUGCCAGGCUGAAGCACCUGUCCUUUGCAGGCAUGAAUGGCGUGCGGAUGCUGGGGAUGCACCACGAUGCCAUCAUCUUCCUGGUGGAGCAGCUGUAUGGCGCCAAGGCCUGUCAUAAGUACAAGUUCCGGUACCACCAACACGAAGGCGAGGAGGAAGAGCUGCCUCUCAACCCCCACGGCUGUGCCCGGGCCGAAGUCUACGUUAGGAAAUGCACCUUUGACAUGUUCAACUUCCUGGCGUCCCAGCAUCGUGUGCUUCCCGAGGGUGGCCCCUAUGAUGAAGAGGAGGAUGAAGUGCAGCUCAAGUCCACUAGGCGAGCGACCAGCUUGGAGCUACCCAUGGCUAUGCGCUUUCGGCACUUGAAGAAAACCUCCAAGGAAGCUGUAGGUGUCUACAGGUCAGCCAUCCACGGCCGGGGUCUGUUCUGCAAGCGAAACAUCGACGCCGGCGAGAUGGUGAUAGAGUACUCGGGCAUAGUCAUCCGAUCUGUGCUGACAGACAAGCGGGAGAAGUACUAUGACAGCAAGGGCAUCGGGUGUUACAUGUUCCGCAUCGACGACUUCGACGUGGUGGACGCCACGAUGCACGGCAACGCCGCCCGCUUCAUCAACCACUCCUGCGAGCCCAACUGCUACUCGCGCGUCAUCCACGUGGAGGGCCAGAAGCACAUUGUCAUCUUCGCCCUGCGGCGCAUCUUCCGCGGGGAGGAGCUCACCUACGACUACAAGUUCCCCAUUGAGGACGCCGGCAGCAAGCUGCCUUGCAACUGUGGGGCCAAGCGCUGCCGCCGCUUUCUCAACUGAGGACUCCUCUCCCGCCUACAGGCCUUCCCCAGGAGCAGCCAGGAAGGGUGGGGGGCAUGCCCAAGGGAGAGGAGAGGAGGAGGGGGACCCAACCCUGCCGUGCCGUUCCAAGGGAGCAGCCUCCGCUGCCGCUGCUGCUGCAGCGCUCACUCAUCCCUUUCUUUCCUCAAGGCACGGAGACACUUCAUCUCCAAGAGCAUCAGUGAUGCGCGUUUCGUGUCAGAACAGGAGGUCGUUGCCAACGGCCCCGUCGCUUGAGUCUGUGGCUUGAAAUUAUGGCAGGCAGAGAUAUGGGGCAAGUCUCGAAGGGCGUCCAUCUGACCCCUUAAUUUGCGCCCAUCUGCUUCAUAAAUCCUGAUGAUGAUGAUGAUUAUUGUUAUUUUUCCCUUGUGGGGUGAGAACAGCAUUUUCUUUAAUUUUGUACUUUUAAAUUUUGUGAAUUCCCCCUCCCCCCUUGCUUAGAUUCUCUGUCUAAAAGAAAAAACAAACAUCAAACCCAGGAGGAUGUAAAUAUUUGUACAAAUUUCUAAACCUGUUUAUUUUCUAUGCACUUUUUUAUUUAAGAUGCUCAGUCAACUCAGCCGGGAAAGGGUUGGAUUCUUGUUGGUAUAAUUUUAAAUAAAACGCAAUUUU